AUGGGUUCACUAGAUGAGAGUGUCUUCGAUUUCAUUGUUGUCGGUGCCGGUCAGCAGACCCUAGGCAUUUUGCCCGAGGCUCUAAUUGCAUUGUCUGAUGCUAAUGAAUUCCUAGGCAACGCUGGUGCAGUGGUAGCUGGAAACCUCGCGAAAUCAAAGUCUCGGCCUCGGGUUUUGCUAAUAGAAAAGGGCGGCGACAACAAGCGCGAAGAGCUUCUUGUCGCUUCGGAGCGCUUUACCAAUGUUUAUGUAAACCCCGAAGUAGGAACUCGUUACGAAACAACUCCCCAGAAACAUCUGAAUGGGAGAGUUCUCGAGUACCUCCGUGGCAAUGGACUCGGCGGCUCCAGUAUAGCCAAUUUUGAAGGUUACAUUAGAGGCUCUUCAUCAGAUUAUAAUUCGUGGGCGCAAAUAGUGGACGAUGAGGCCUGGAACUGGGAGCAUGUGCUUGAAGCGUACAAAGAAAUCGAAAACCUUCAUUUCGACGAUGAUGGAGACGAGGAUGAAGACGGCUUCGUUUCUCUGAAGGAUGGCGCUCAUGGAUUCUCUGGUCCCCUGGACAUCACACUACCUUCCAGGAGGAAUUGGCCAAAAGGCUUAGAUCUGCUCAUGAAGGCAGCGCAAAAGUUCGGUUGGCCUCUCAAUCCAGACCAAAAUUCCGGCGACCUAGUUGGUGUUGGAGCCGCAACCACAACAAGCCAUAACGGCUGGCGAGUGACGAGCGCCACAGCCUAUUUAAACGAUCUCCCUGAUAAUAUCACCGUCUGGACCAACACCUUCGUUGACAAGUUGCUUUUCGACGAAAAGACACAGUCAUCAUCACUAACCGCCGUGGGUGUGCUCCUGGCCGAUGGCCGGGAGGUUAGGGCCCGUCACGAGGUUAUCCUAUCCCUUGGAACAAUCGACACCCCUAAAUUGCUGUUACUCAGCGGUAUCGGGCCUCGUGACGAGCUAGAAAAACUCAGCAUCCCUUGCGUACUAGACCAACCUAAAAUAGGAAAGGACAUGCUCGACCACUGCUACCUUGUAUUAGGCUGGGGUGUAUCUACAGAGCUGGGAACUUCGACGCCAUACGAGAAAGACCCACAGCAACAAAAGGCCGCCCGGGCACAAUGGAUGAAAGACAAAACUGGGCCGGAUGCCACGCGAAACCUGAGAAAUUUGAUCGGGUUCCUCAAGUUCGAUCCUGCAAGGUCAACUACUUUUGAGUUAGAACGACUCGAGCCGGAAAAAAGAGCCUUCAUUCAACAGCCAAAUGUCCCGCAGAUCGAAAUCUUUCUCCAAGGUGCGGUGCUCAAGGAGUUGCUGACGGACGACGACCUUGAAACCUUGCUGAUAGCAGUCAUGCUGAUGAACCCUCAAUCUCGCGGUACGGUGACCCUGGCCUCUAGCAACCCAGCGGCUGCCCCUGUCAUUGAGACCAAUUACUUCUCACAUCCCUAUGAUUCGGAGACCUUCGUCAAUGGCGUGGGAGAAGCACUCGCAUUCGUCGAUUCCGAGGACAUCAAAAAGCACGUGGUCACCAAAAGAUUGACUCCGGAAUCUGACAGCCGAGAAGACAUUCUCGCGUUCUCCAAGCAGAACCUGAUGUCUGUGCUGCAUCCGGUAGGAACUGUGAGAAUGGGCCGUAAAGAAGACUCCACAGCGUGCGCUGAUAGUGAUUUCCGUCUCCGGGGAGUUGCAAAUGUUCGGGUGAUAGACCUCAGUGUAUGCCCAGUCAUCACCUGUAAUCAUACCAUGGCAACGGCAUAUCUUGUAGGACAUAUGGGAUGGAAGCGACUCGCAGCUGAAUAUAAGUUAGAUGAGUGA